AGUAGCGCUGCACACACACUGUGAGCACAUUGCAGAGUGUGUGUGUGUGAGAAAGAGAGAGAAAGCGAGCUGUAGUCAGAGCGCGCUGCCGCUGACUGAGUGGAGGGACUGCAUGGACUGAACCGGACCUUUUCUCCCAACUUCUAUGGAUCCCAGAAAGUAGCCAACAGUCUGAGAUAAAACGGAUAUUAACCUAAGGAUGGACAGGAUGGACGAGUGACGAUGGCAUGGAUGUAAAAAUGGGCCAGUGGGCAGGCAUGUGUGCCCCUCUUCUCCACCUGGCCCUGCUCCUGCCACUGCUGCUCUUCCAGCCGCCCUCCUGUCAUUGCCAGGAUGCCCAAGGGACUCCCCAGGAAGUCCCCCUGUUCGGCUUCACACAGGCUGUCUACCAUGCCACCGUCUAUGAAAACUCAGCUGCACGCACCUACACCAACAGUAAAGUUAAAAUGGGCAUCCACAUAGCCCUGCGCUCCUGGGAUAUCCGAUACAGGAUUACCUCAGGGGAUGAUGAAGGCUUUUUCAAAGCAGAGGAAUAUGUUCUGGGGGACUUCUGCUUUCUGCGCAUUAGGACUAAAGGUGGAAACGCGGCCAUCUUGAAUCGGGAGAUACAGGAUAAUUACGUUCUGACAGUGAAGGCUUCAGUGAAAGGUGAGGCCCUCAUGGAGACUUGGACCAAAGUCAGCCUCCAAGUCUUAGAUAUGAACGACCUCCGGCCCUUGUUCUCGCCGACCACUUACUCUGUUACGAUAGCGGAGAGCACCCCUCUUAGGACUAGCAUAGCACAAGUCACUGCCACGGAUGCGGACAUCGGUUCAAACGGGGAGUUUUACUAUUUCUUCAAGGAGAAGAUGGAGCUUUUUGCCGUGCAUCCCACCAGUGGAGUGGUCUCCCUAAGUGGGAAACUCAACGUGGACGAGCAGAGCCGCUAUGACUUGGAGAUACAGGCGGUAGACCGCGGGAUGAAGCUGUACGGUAACAACGGGGUCAGCAGCACAGCUAAACUCUUUGUCCACGUGGAGCGUCUGAACGAGCACGCCCCCUCCAUGACCGUGGUCACGCACGUUCCCUCAGGGCUAGAUAAAGAUCCUGUGUAUGCUGUGGUCACGGUGGACGACCAGGACGAAGGGAUUAACGGAGAGAUCGAGUUGGUGGCCAUCGUGGGGGGAGACCCCUCAGAACUGUUUUUCCUGGAGAGAUCGGAGGAAAAAGAGUUUACAAUUAAGGCCUCCAAGGACGUUAACUGGGAGAGUAACCCCCAUGGCGUUAACCUCACCCUCCAGGCUAGAGACAGAGGGACACCGCAAAAGUUAUCUGACAUCAAGUUGGUUUGCAUCACAGUUAAGAAACUGCAGGCAGUGGAAGUUGCAUUUAAGCAGGAGACAUAUGAAAUUAGUUUAAAUGAAAUUUCACCCCCGGGCACAAUUGUCGGAGCUAUUAAAAUCAAUCCAGAGCCGGAUGAUGCAAAAUAUAUCCUUACUCCCUCAGCUGACUCUGCCUUCUUUCAGAUGAACACUAUGACGGGUGUUAUCUCCACUGCCCACUGGUUUACUCAGGUUCCCCAAAAUGCUUUUAAUCUUGAAGUAUUAGAGGUAGACAGUGAUCUUAGGGUUUCUGUUGCAGUCACCAUCAAGGAUGCAAAUGACAACACGCCAACAUUUUCCCAGUCCUCUUAUGAGGUUUUUGUCAAUGAGAGUGUUCCAAUAGGGACCAAUGUGCUCACAGUUUACGCAGUGGAUGAGGACAGGGGAGAAAAUGGCUACAUCACCUACAGCAUUUCUAGUCUGCAACCUCUCCCCUUCAAAAUCAACCAGUUUUCAGGCAUUGUUAGUAGCACUCAGGAGCUUGACUUUGAAUCCUCUACUGAAAGCUAUGUAUUUGUCGUCAGGGCCUCAGACUGGGGAUCCCCUUACAGACGAGAGAGUGAGGUCAAUGUAACCAUCCAUCUGGAAAACAUGAACGACAACAAACCCUUAUUUGAGAAAGUGGCAUGCCAAGGGGCGGUCUCCAAGGAUUUCACUGUGGAUGAAGUGAUAACCACAAUGUCUGCCAUUGAUAUAGAUGAGUUGGAGCUGGUAAAGUACAAGAUCCUUUCAGGAAACGAGCGGGGAUACUUCAACCUCAACCCAGAUUCAGGGGUUCUAACUCUGCAACAAUCCCUUGCCACUGCAAGUCCAACAAAUGGGGUUUUUUACCUCAAAAUAACUGCCACAGAUGGUGAGAACUUUUCUGACCCCAUGUUUGUUAACAUAUCCCUUGUACAGGGAAGAUCUACCCCCAAAGCCUUUAACUGCAAGGAGACCAGGGUAGCUCAAAGGUUAGCAGAAAAGUUGCUGAAGAAGUCUAAAGCUAGCACCAAGGCGAAAAUUGAGGAAGGCUUUAUUGACCUGUUCUCUGUGAAUCGACAAACCCCUCAGUUCGAUAAGGCCUUUCCCACUGACAUUGCAGUGCGUGAGGACCUGCAAGUUGGAUCCAGUGUUUUCAAGGUCAAUGCCAAUGAUGGUGACACAGGCUUCAAUGGUCAUAUUCUGUACACCAUUUCAGGCGGAAACACAGACAGUUGCUUCACUAUGGACAUGGAGACUGGUCUUAUUAGUGUCUUUCUGCCUAUGGACAGAGAGAAGAGAGAUCAUUACCUCCUCAACCUCACCAUAUAUGAUCUUGGCCUACCACAAAAGAAUAAUUGGCGUUUACUCACUAUAUACAUAGAAGAUGCUAAUGAUAAUGCACCCCAGUUUUUACAAGAAGGUGGCUAUAGAGCCACAGUCCCUGAAAACACUGCGUUAGGCACCGACGUUAUCCAGGUGGAGGCCACUGACAGAGACGCUGGUCCCAAUGGGGAAAUUGUGUAUUCAGUUCUGACCAGCACUACGCAGUUCAGCAUCAACAGCACCAAUGGCAUCGUGUAUGUGGCAGGCCAGCUCGACAGAGAGUUGUCCCCCUCAUUCAACCUGAGAAUCGAGGCCAGAGACAAGGCAGAGAAAGGACAGCAAAAGUUCUCUGUGACCUCACUGCAAAUCACUCUAGAGGACAUUAACGACUGUCCCCCGGCGUUCAUCCCUAGCAUCUACAACGCCAGGGCUCUGGAGGACCUUCCCUUUGGGACAGUGGUGGCCUGGUUGGAGACCCAGGACCCAGAUCUGGGCCAAGGCGGCCAGGUCCGCUACUCACUGACAAACGACUAUAACGGCAGGUUCGAAGUGGACAAAACCAGCGGGGCCAUUCGACUGAUGAAGGAGCUCGACUAUGAGACCCAACAGCUCUACAACAUCACUGUUAGAGCCAAAGACAAGGGCAGGCCUGUCUCGCUCCUCUCUGUCACCUCUGUGGAGUUGGAGGUGGUGGAUGUCAAUGAGAACCUCUAUGCUCCUUACUUCUCCCACUUUGCACUGACCGGGACAGUGAAGGAGAACGCGCGGAUCGGAACCACUGUUGUCCAGGUCACCGCCCACGAUGAUGACGUUGGCAGAGAUGGGGAAGUGCAGUAUUCUAUCCGUGACGGGAGUGGCUUGGGGAGAUUUGCCAUCGAUGAAGAGACUGGGGUGAUCUACACCACCGACUCACUGGACCGCGAGACCAAGGACUCCUAUUGGCUGACGGUGUAUGCCAGCGACCACGGCGUAGUGCCGCACUACGCCAGCAUCGAGGUCUACGUCCAGGUGGAGGACGUCAACGACAACGCCCCGCUUACCUCCGAGCCGGCGUACCGGCCCGCAGUGCCCGAGAACUCCCCGAGGGACGUCCCGGUGAUCCAGAUCCAGGCCCAGGACCCCGACAACCCCCCGCUGGCCACCGACCGCGGCGCGCUCACCUACCGCAUCGUCAGCGGCAACCCUCAGAACUUCUUCACCAUCAACCCUCGCACAGGUCUCAUCACCACCACCUCCAGGAAGCUGGACCGCGAGCAGCAGGCUGAACACGUCCUGGAGGUGACGGUGACGGACGGUCCGCCCAAUGCCAAGCAGAGCACGGUGUGGGUGAUGGUCCAGGUCAUGGACGAGAACGACAACAAGCCCGUCUUCCCGGAGAAGGUGUACCAGAUCCGGCUCCCGGAGAGGGAGCGUCGCAAGAAGAGCGAGGCCAUCUACCGGGUGUUCGCCUACGACCGCGACGAAGGGCCCAACUCGGACCUCUCCUACAGCAUCGUCGACGGCAACGAGGACGGCAAGUUCUUCAUCGACCCCAAGACGGCGAUGGUGUCGUCGCGCAAGUCCUUCACGGCCGGGAGCUACGACAUUCUCACGAUCAAAGCCACCGACAACGGGCGGCCGCAGAAGUCUGCGAGCGCGCGGCUGCACAUCGAGUGGAUUCGGCGUCCCGCGGCGCUGCCGCAGCCACUGCAGUUCGAGGAGGCCUUCUACAACUUCACCGUCAUGGAGAACGACAGGGUGGCCGAGAUUGUGGGCGUGGUCUCCAUGCAACACAGCUCCACCCCACUGUGGUUUGACAUCACAGGUCCCAGGCCUUUCCGCGAGAUGUUCUAUAUUCUGCAGAACGCUUGUGGCAGGAACUGUACCACAGAAGGAGGGAACGCAGACAGCCUUUUUGACAUCGAGAAGGGCAUGGGAACCAUUGUCAUCGCUAAGCCCCUGGACGCCGAGCAACGCUCCUUCUACAACAUGACCGUGGAGGUGACCGACGGCACCAACAUGGCAACCACCCAGGUGCUCAUCAGCGUCCUGGACAACAACGACAACGCGCCCGUCUUCUCCCAGCCCACCUACGACAUCGCCAUCUCGGAGGACACGCCCCCGGACACGGAGGUGGUGCAGGUGCUGGCGUUGGACCGCGACGAGCACCACCGGCUGGCCUACUCACUGCAUAGUGCGGUGGACCCCGGCAGCCUGCGUCUGUUCCGCAUCGACCCGGCGCUGGGCAGCGUGUACACGGCCGAGCGGCUGGACCACGAGGCCCGCGCCCAGCACAUCCUCACCGUCAUGGUUAAAGACCAGGAGUUCCCCUACAGACGAGGACUGGCGCGUGUGUUAAUCGAGGUGGAAGAUGUCAAUGACCACGUCCCCAUCUUCACCAGUACUCUGUACGAAGGCUCUGUGUAUGAGUCGGCGGCCGUGGGGUCGGCCGUGGUCCAGGUAACGGCUUUGGACAAAGACAAAGGGGCCAAUGCAGAACUUUACUACGCAAUUGAAGGAGGAAACGCUGGGAAUGCAUUCCAAAUUGAGCCCGUUUUGGGUAUCAUUUCCGUUGCUCGUGACUUGGACCUGUCUUCCAUUGGUCAUUAUGUUCUGACUGUCCGAGUCACCGACAAUGGCUCCCCAUCCCUGUCCACAACCACGCUUGCUCGUAUUAGUGUUACCCUCUCUGAUAAUGCCGGACCAAAAUUCCCUCAACCUGAGUACCAGUCUGAAAUCACAGAGAACGUUGCAGUUGGAACUUCAGUUACAACAAUAAAUGCAGUGAGCCAAUCCACGUUGACCUAUGACAUCAAACAGGGCAACAGCCAGCGGAAAUUCCAGAUAAACCAAUAUAGCGGCGUGAUCACUACACAUAAGUCCCUGGACUAUGAGACCCAAACAUCCUACACGCUGACAGUCCAGGCCACCAACAUGGCUGGGAUGGCUUCAAAUGCCACCCUGCAUAUUCAAGUCGUGGAUGAGAAUGACAACACCCCAGUGUUCCAGCAUCUGAGUUACCGUGGUAGCAUAAGCGAAGCUGCCCCAGUCAACAGUGUGGUUCUUAAUUCAGAUGAUUCCCCCUUGGUGAUAAAGGCGACUGACGCCGACCAUAAUCAAAAUGCGCUGUUGGUGUAUCAGAUUGUUGAGGAUACUGCCAAAUUGUUUUUUACGGUUGACUCCGGCACUGGCUCCAUCAGGACCAUUGCCAAUCUAGACCACGAGACAUUUUCUAGUUUCCAGUUUCAUGUUCAUGUAAGGGACAGUGGACGACCACAGCUGACAGCAGACAGUCCCACCGAGGUCAUCAUAGAGGUAGUUGACACCAAUGAUUCACCUCCUCGUUUCACCCACGAUGCAUACGAGACUGUCUUGCUACUCCCUACCUAUGUGGGCGUGGAGGCUCUGAAGGUGUCAGCCAUUGACCCUGACCGAAACGUACCUACAGAGCUAACCUACUCCCUUACAGAUGGAAUUUUGGAACACUUUGCCAUUGAUUCCUCAAGUGGAAUAAUCACUGUUAAAAACAACAACUUCUCGAAAGAACGCUUCCGCCUGAAUGUGAAAGUGUCCGAUGGUAAAUUCUCUAGCACAGCUCUGGUUACCAUUUUGGUCAGGGAAGCUCUCGACUCUGGUCUGAGCUUUGGGCAAAGUAUCUACUCUUCGUCUAUCCAAGAGAAUAUAACAAACAUCACCAAAGUUGCUGUUGUCAAUGCUGUGGGAAACCGUCUUAAUGAACCUCUUCAGUACACACUGUUAAAUGCUGGCACGCGAUUUAGAAUCCGGCCAACUUCUGGCGUAAUUCAAACCACAGGAGUACCUUUUGACAGAGAAGAGCAGGAAAACUAUGAGCUAGUCGUUGAAGCAGGAAGGGAACACGAUCGCCAGCGUGUGGCUAGAGUGAUGGUCAAAGUCCAAGUUGAGGACAUCAAUGACAACAAUCCUAUAUUUGUUGGGCUGCCAUAUUAUGCGGCUGUACAAGUCGAGGCUGAGCCAGGUUCACAUAUCUUUAGAGUCAUGGCAGUAGACCGGGACAAAGGAAUCAAUGGAGAGGUUUCUUACUACCUAAAGGACAGCCACGGGCAUUUUGAAAUCAACAGGCAUACAGGAAUCCUCACCCUCAAGAAGGCCUUUGAAUCAGACCUAUCUAAUGUGGAAUACCAGAUGGUUAUUUAUGCCAGAGAUAGUGGUCACCCACCUCUUUCUACGACCAUAGAGUUCCCCAUCACUGUAGUAAACAAAGCUAUGCCAGUAUUUGACAAACCAUUCUAUUCUGUGUCUGUGAAUGAGGAUGUUGCAGUGCACACACCAAUACUUGGUAUUAAUGCCACAAGCCCCGAAGGUCAAAGCAUUAUCUACACUAUUGUGGAAGGAGAUCCGUCCCUUCAGUUUGACAUUGGAUUUGAUACAGGAGUCAUUAGUGUCAUCCACUCUCUGAACUACGAAAAAGCCUCCUCUUACCGGCUAACUGUGAGAGCCACGGAUUAUCUGACUGGAGCCCGUGCUGAAGUAGACGUGGAUGUGAUUGUUCAAGACGUGAAUGACAACCAACCUUUGUUCGAAAAAAUGUCUUACAGGGCUGUCUUGUCAGAAACCGCUAUGAUUGGUACUCCAGUGCUUCAAGUUAUCGCUACAGACUCGGACUCAGAAAAGAACAGCAUAGUACGCUACCAGAUUUUCUCAGACACUCACAACAGCACAGACUACUUCCACAUUGAUAGUAGCAGCGGCUUAAUCCUAACCGCUCGUAUGCUUGACCAUGAGGUAGUCCAGAGCUAUCACUUCACCGUCAGGGCUACGGAUAACGGGUUCCCACCUUUGAGGAGCGAGGUGUCAGUUGUGGUUGUAGUGAAUGACAUGAAUGACAAUCCACCGGUCUUCAACCAGCUCCUGUACGAGGCCUACGUCAGCGAGCUCGCACCCAGGGGGCACUUUGUGACCUGUGUCCAAGCGUCUGAUGCUGACAGCUCAGAUUCAGAAAAGCUGGUGUACAGCAUCCUAUCCGGCAAUGAGAGGAUGAAUUUCCUGAUCGACUCGAAAACAGGGAUUAUAAUUCUGUCUGGUCAUCGUAAGCAACGGAUGGAGCCUGCCUACAGCUUGAACGUCUCAGUCUCUGACGGCGUUUUCACCAGCACUGCACAGGUUCAUGUUAAAGUGCUGGGGGCCAACCUGCACAGCCCACUCUUUGGAUUAAGUACAUAUGAUGCAGAGCUACGGGAAAAUGCUGCCAUUGGCACCAAAGUUAUACAGGUGAAGGCAACUGAUGCAGACCCAGGGGCUUUUGGCAAAAUCACCUAUUCUUUUGUUAACGAUGUGGGAAGGGACCAAUUUAGCAUUGAUGGAAAUGGUUUUAUCACUACCGUAGAGAAGUUGGACCGUGAGGACCCAGCCAAUAAGGACAUAAUUCUUGCAGUUGAAGCCCAGGAUUCUGGGGGCCGUGCUUCUUACUGCACAGUACAAGUUACCCUAUUGGACGAAAAUGACAAUGCACCCCAGUUCCGUGCAACUGAAUAUCGAGCUUCGGUCAAAUCUGACGUUGCCAAAGGAUUUCUAGUAACCCAGAUCCAAGCUUAUGAUCCUGACAAUGGUUUAAAUGCCAAAGUGACGUACUCCCUUUACAGUGAGGCCCAUGUACCAGUGGUGGAUAUUCUGGAGAUUGACCCUGACAAUGGUUGGAUGGUAACAAAAGGAAGCUUCAGCCAUACGAGGAACUCUGUAUUGUCAUUUUUUGUCAAGGCUGUGGACAGCGGCAACCCUGUGAGACAUUCUCUGGUAUCGGUUUACAUCCAUGUUCUCGCACCAGACGCUUUGAUCCCCUCCUUCACCCAGCCCCAGUAUUCAUUCACCAUUCCAGAGGACACCCCCAUAGGCGCUUCCAUUGGGAUGGUGCGCCUCAGCACUCUUCUUGGACAUGCUACUCUCUCUGCUGCCUUUGCCCUGGUGAAUGGUGAGACUGGAGAGAACAACCAGGAUGCGGUAUUGGUGGUGGAGAAGGAUACAGGCAUCAUUAAGCUUGAAAAGCAUCUAGACCAUGAGGUAAUCAAAGCCUUCUAUUUCAAGGUCACUGCGACGGUUCAGCAGGCAAAAUUGGAUUCUGUGACCACGGUAGAUGUUGAGGUCAAGGUGCUGGACCUCAAUGACAACAAGCCUGCCUUUGAAUCCAACUCUUACGAGGCUACGAUCAUGGAGGGAAUGCCUGUUGGAACUAGAAUAAUCCAAGUCCAUGCAUUGGAUCCAGACUCCGGAGCCAAUGGUCAGGUGACCUACAGCCUUGGGACAGCAACCCAGCCAGCCGCAGGGGAACAAGACCGAUUGGUUGGCGUCUUUAGCGUCGACAGCAACUCCGGUUGGAUAUCCACACUCAAACAGCUGGACCAUGAGACCGAUCCGUCCUACACGUUCACCGUGGUGGCCUAUGACCUCGGGGAGAACCUUGCUCUUUCAUCUACCACUUCGGUGACAGUGGUCGUGACUGAUGUCAAUGACAACCCCCCAACGUUUCUGGAGGAGAGGUAUCAAGGCUCUGUGCGAGAGAGCGACCCACCAGGGGAGGUGGUGGCAGUGCUGAACACCAGAGAUGACGACAGCUCUCCGCUUAACCGCCAAGUCAGCUACCACAUAACCGGGGGGAACCGGGGCGGGGUGUUUGCCCUGGGCCUGGUGCAGGGCGAGUGGAAGAUGUACGUCAAGGGCCUGCUGGACCGGGAGGACCGGGACCUUUACACGCUCAACGUCACCGCCAGCGACGGGCUCUUCGUUACCAGGGCAACAGUGGAAGUCGCAGUCACGGACACAAACGACAACAGUCCUGUCUGUGACCAGCCCUUGUACACGGCGUCCGUCUCGGAGGACAUCCCGGUCGACGGGGCGGUGCUGCAGGUCGGAGCCACGGACGCUGACGUGGGGGUCAGCGCCUGGAUCCAGUUCACCCUGAGCGGGCCCAACGCCCAGGACUUCACCAUGGACCCUGACACGGGCGAGGUGAGGACGGCUGUGGCUCUGGACCGGGAGAGGACCCCCGCCUACAGCCUGGUGGUCCGGGCGGAGGACGGCGGGGGCCUGUGGUGCCGCGCCCUCCUGCACCUGACGCUGACCGACGUCAACGACAACCCGCCCGCCUUCUCCCUGCCCCACUACACGGCCAGCGUGUACGAGGACACGGCGCCCCGGGCCCUGCUGACGCGCAUCCAGGCCAUCGACCCCGACGAAGCCGGGCCUGGGCGCCAGGUGCAGUACUCCCUGGCAGACUCGGCAGGAGGUUCCUUCUCCAUCGACGGGGCCACGGGCGUGCUGGCCCUGGAGCGGGCCCUGGACCGCGAGGUGCAGCCCGCCUACCUGAUCGCCGUGCGUGCCUCGGACCGUGGCGAGCCGCUCCUCUCCUCGUUGGUCAACGUCACGGUGACCGUGCUGGACGUCAACGACAACCCGCCCGUGUUCGAGCGGCGUGACCAGCUGGCCACGGUGCCGGAGGACGUGGGCGUGGGCACGGAGGUGCUGCGGGUCUACGCCGCCAGCAAGGACAUCGGCACCAACGCCGAGAUCACCUACAGCAUCCGCUCGGGCAACGAGCACGCCAAGUUCCACAUCCACACCCUCACCGGGUCCAUCUCAGUCGCCCAGCCCCUGGACUACGAGGCGUGCCGGGACUACUUCCUGACGGUGGAGGCCCGCGACGGCGGCACUCCGCCGCUCAGCGCCGUCACCACCGUCAACGUCAACCUGACGGACGUCAACGACAACGCGCCCACCUUUGGCCGUGACCUCUACACCGCCGUGGUGUCGGAGGACGCCGCCAUCGGGGAGUCAGUGGUCAAGCUGACAGCAGAGGACGUGGACAGUCCCGUGAACGGUGACAUCCUCUACUCCAUCGUCAACGGUGACCGGGAGAACCAGUUCUUCAUUGAUCCGCUCAGCGGCAUGAUCAAGGUCAACAAGCAUCUGGAUCGCGAGACGGUCUCGGGCUACACCUUGGCAGUCAGGGCUCUGGACAGUGGCUCUCCCGCCCUGUCCUCCACCGUCACGGUCAACAUAGACAUCGCCGACAUCAACGACAACCCGCCCACCUUCUACCCGGCCAACCUCACCACUGUCAUACAGGAGAACAAGCCCAUCGGUACCAGCAUCCUCCAGCUGUCCGUGGUGGACCAGGACUCCUCCCACAACGGCCCUCCCUUCGACUUCCGCAUCCUGACGGGCAACGAGGGAGGGGAGUUUGUGCUGGAGAAGGACGGCACGCUGGUGGCCAAUCAGGUGUUCCGGAGGGACCUGGCCCCCCAGUAUGUUAUCCAGAUUCAGGUGAGGGACUCUGGCAAGCCGCGGCUGUCCUCCUCGUCCACGCUGACUGUGCGGGUGAUCGAGGAGAGCCUGCACCGGCCCGUGGCGCUGCCCCUUGAGGUCAUCAUCGUCACCAUGGAGGACGAGUUCCCCGGCGGCGUCAUUGGCCAGCUGCACGCCACCGACGCCGACCCCUAUGACGCACUGGGUUACGGGCACGCAGCGCCGCUCCAGCGCAGCCUCUUCAAGAUCAGCCCGCACGACGGCAAGAUCAUCGCGCUGGGCGGCCUGGACGCCGGCAGCUACUCCCUCAACGCCAGCGUGAGCGACGGCCGCUUCGCCGUGCCGGUGCCGGUGAGCGUGCGCGUGGAGCAGGCCUCGGCCGAGAUGCUUCGCGAGGCGGUGACGGUACGCUUCGAGAGCGCCCGGCCCCACGACUUCGUGGCCACACAGCUCAAGAGCGUGCUGCGCGUGCUGCAGCAGGCGGCGGCGUCUCAGAAGCAGGACCGCCUGCACGUGCUCAGCCUGCAGCCCGUCGGCGGCACGCAGCAGCUGGACCUCCUGGUCGCCGUGGAGAUGGCGCCGCCCGAAGGGGCAGCGGGCGCCGGGGCCGGCGGCGCCAGCUUCUACAAGGCGGCUUAUCUGACACAGAAGCUGAGCGCCUCGCGCCGGCAGCUGGAGGAGGUGCUGCGCGUGUCGGCCAUCCUGGACAAGAACUGCUCGGGGCUGGAGUGCCGCGGCGCCCAGUGCGAGCAGAGCAUCGUGCUGGACUCCCACGACCUGGCCACCUACAGCACGCCGCGCCUCAGCUUCGUGUCACCGCGUUUCCACAGAACCACGCGCUGCACCUGCAUCGAUGGGAGCUGUCCUCCGGCCUCGGAGCUUUGCGACGAGCAGCCCUGCCCUGGAGACAUGCAGUGCGUGGGCACGGGCGGCUCCAGGGGGCGCUACGCCUGCCAGUGUCCGCCGGGCAAGCUGGGGGAGUGCGCAGGCCACUCGUCCCUGAGCUUCUCGGGGAACAGCUAUAUAAAGUACCGGGUCUCUGACGGGGGACAGACAGGCCAGCUGAAGCUCAGCAUGAGGAUCAGGACCCUGCAGAGCAGAGGCAUCAUCAUGUACACACACGCAGAGCCCUGCACCGUGCUCAAGCUGGAGGAGGGCAAGCUGUGGUUCCACAUGGACUGCGCCGGCAUCGGGGGCCGGGGCGCGGCGGCCGGGGCCACAGGCGACAGCCCCGGCACCCUGGGCAUCUCGGGACGUCCCAUCAAUGACGGCAACUGGCACACGGUGGUGCUGGAGCUCAACCGCAACUUCACCAGCCUGGCGCUGGACGACAGCUACGUGGAGCGCCGCCGCGGGCCCCCCCGUUUCCAGCCCCUGGGGCCUGACGGGGCUGUCUUCUUUGGUGCACAGGUGCAGCCUACCAACUCACGCAGCCUGACGGACUCCAAGAAGGGUCCGCUGGUGUUGGACGGCUUCCAGGGCUGCCUGGACUCAGUGAUGCUGAACGACAAUGAGCUGCCGCUGCAGAACAAGCGCUCACGCUACGCCGAGGUGGUUGGCCUCACGGAGCUGAAGCUGGGCUGUGUCCUCUACCCCGACGCCUGCCUCAAACAGCCCUGCCUCAACGGCGCCACCUGCACGAGUCUGCCAUCUGGUGGUUUUGCCUGCAGUUGCAGUCCACAGUACACCGGGGGGCGCUGUGAGACAGAGAUCACGGCCUGCGUGCCCAACCCCUGUCAGAACAGCGGCGCCUGUAAGGCCAUCGGCAACGCAUUCCUCUGCAGCUGCCGCCGGGGCUUCAAGGGUCUCACGUGCCAGGAGGACGUUAACGAGUGCGAGCGGGGCAACCCAGAGGGCCAGUGCGAGAACGGCGGCGCCUGCGUCAACACGCGCGGCUCCUUCUACUGCGACUGCGCGCCGGGCUUCGUGGGCCCCCGCUGCGGCCUGCGGCCCGUGGUGGUGCCCGACAUGCAGGCGGGCCACGCCAUGGUGGGCAAGGAGGAGCUGAUCGGCAUUGCCGCCGUGCUGCUGGUCAUCGUGGCGCUGGUGGUGCUCUUCGUGGCCUUCCGCAAGCGCGUCUUCCACAAGGACUACUCGCGCAGCGACCUGUCGCUGGUGCAGGACCCGGCCACCGCCGCGCUGCUGCACAAGGCCAACGGCGCCCGUUUCGAGACGCUGCGCUGCUCGCCCGGCGACCCGCUCAACCUGUACUCGGAGGCCGGGCUGGGGCCGGCGGCCGUGAUGGCCAUGGGGGGCGUGGGCCCCCCCCAGGUGCCGGUGCGGCCCAUGGCGUACACGCCCUGCUACCAGGGGGAGCCGGGGCGCUCCACGCUGGACAGGAAGAUGAUGAUGGCGGCGGCAGCGGACGCGCGGGCGCACGAGCACACGGAGAUGAGCACCUUCCACCCCGAGUCGCCGCGCAUCCUGGCGGGCAGCAUGCGGCGGGGCGUGGUGGUGUGCAGCGUGGCGCCCAACCUGCCGCCCGUGUCGCCCUGCCGGUCCGACUGCGACUCGCUGCGCAAGAGCCCCUGGGAGAGCGAUGAGGGUAAGAUGGUGGACAUGGCCGAGGAGGUCACGUGUUUCUCAGGCAGCAACAAGGGCAGCAACUCAGAGGUGCAAUCCCUGAGCUCCUUCCAGUCAGACUCCUGCGAUGAUAACGCCUCCAUAGUGACGGUCAUUCGACUGGUCAAUGACGCAGUCGACACAAUCGAAAAUGAAGUGUCGGUCAUGGAUCAAGGUCAAAGCUACAACAGAGCUUACCACUGGGACACCUCGGACUGGAUGCCCAGCACCAGGCUGCCCAACAUCGAGGAGGUCCCGGGCUACGAGGCCGGGGGUCCGGCCGGCCUGGGGGCCAACGGCCGCUCCGCCUCCAACCCCCGCCUGGGCCCUGGCGGUGGCGGUGGCGGUGGCGGUGGCGGCAUGGGCAGCACCCGGGAGCUGGAGUCUGACUACUACCUGGGGGGCUACGACAUCGACAGCGACUACCCACCGCCCGGCGAGGACCAGUUCCUCUGCCAGGACCAGCUGCCCCCCCCGCUGCCCCGCGCGGCCGCGCCCGGAGAGGACUACCCCGGGAGCUACGACGGGACGUCGCCGAGCGACGGCGCGCUGCCCGCCUCCAAGGACAGCACGCUGAGCAGCGUCAGCCACAGCAACAGUCACAGCGCCGAGGCCCGGCCGCACUUCCACCCCAGCCAGUACCUGCCGCCGCACCAGCUGCCCCUGGGCGAGGCGGCCCACCACCGCCUCAGCAGCCCCUUCCCCAUGGGCGGCGUCACGCCCGGGAGCGGGGACACCGACGACACGGCGUCGCUGGGCGGCGCCGGGCGGCUGUCUGUGGGCGCGGCGUCCACGGCCUCAGACCUGUCGGCGCCGCUGGGCUUCGACGAGUCCGAGGCGGGCAACAGCGACUUUGACAGUAUGGACGAGCUGCGCCGCGGCGUGACCGUCAUCAUCGACUCGCAGCAGCAGACGGAGGUGUGACAGGCGCCGGUACGGAGGGAUGCCGGUCCGGCCAGACGAGGGCUGGACACCGGGGCUUGAGAGGUGGACGAGGGUUGGCGGAGUGAGAGAACGAGUACAACAAGGUCAAAAGGGUCAUUCUAAAGGGGCUCAUGUUAGCAAUAGAUUUCCACACACAGAGAGGGAGGUCUGGAAGCGAGGCGUUCGCUUUGUUUUUAAAUUCAGCCGUUCAAAAUAAAUGCAUUUUGGGGCCAGAAUUUUGUACGAAGACUGAUCUCCAGAGCUCUGUUUUGUUGUUGCUGUUGUUUGGUUCAUCUCUUUUAGAGCACUAUCCUUAUAUUCCAGUGAGACCCGAAAAGGAGGUUAAUUGAAUUAACACCUUGAGCACUAAGAAGUGUCCUUCCUAUUUUCAAAGUGGGGAAGCAGAGUUCUUUCUAGAUACGCCACGCAAGUCUAUGCUAAAUCAGUCAGAGAAUGUGAAAAGAAGGACUAACCAACCGAAAAAUACGAUUGGUUAAAAAGUGAGGUGUUACGGCGGAGAAUGUAAUCAGUGAAGGGAAGAAAGUGAAGAAUGUUAGAAAAAAGGGAACAACCGUGUGUGAUUGUGGAAGUGAGCACAGCGACAGCCUACUUCAGGCAAAUGAAAUUAUAAAAAAGCAAUUAAUUCGAGGCCGAUACCGGAGUUAAGAAUCCCCAACAAAAUCCGCGGGUCCUCGUCUACAGCGCCACAAUAGGACCGCUGCUUAAACGAAACAACAAACUAUUUCCCAUUUCCUUGAUUUCUCUCUUGAGAAUCCUGUAUAGACUUUUGUAAUAUAGUGCGACCACAUUUAGUGCUGAGGUUGAAAAAAAUAUUUAAAAUUUUAAGAACUACGUUGGAUCCACACAUUGGGAAUGCCGUUUGAUGUGGAAUGUGCUUUUCCCACCCAGCCAGGCCAAAAGGCCGCGAGGUUGGAAGGCCCCGGCCCCGUCCGUUUCCCUCUCCAUUGACCUGCCAACUCUCUUCUCGUCUUUCUUUUUUUUCUUGCCAACCCUUACGUUUUGCUUUAACUAUGUGAAGUUGCGUCGUUGUCGUUUUUUUUUUCUUGCACUAGUCUUUUGAAGAUGCCCUGAAUUUUGUACGUGUCUUUUAAUGAAACGUGCCAUGUUAUUGUAGUCCUGCAGGACCCUGUGAAGUCAUGUCUUCUUGCUUUUGAAUGGCACUUUAAUGAACACAAUGCCUUCAAGUGUCAAACUCUUUUCUCCAGAAUAAUCUGCCGAAUAUUAAUCAUUUUGUCAUGUUCCAUCAGUUUAUAAGCCUGUGUUUUAGUGUCUGGGCGGGCAUCAUGGUCCUGCUGGCUGAGAGAGGCCUGGGACAGCAUCACAUUCCAGAGUCUCACCGUUCAGUUGCAUCUUCACACGUGUGAUGGAUCAGUCGUUUUGUUCAUAAUCAGGAAAACAAAAGGAUGAUGAUUUAUAUUUGAGUUUAAUUCUUUUGUGUCCCGUUUGUAAAACAUGUACGUUUGAUGUAAGUUUGAAUAUUUGUGUACAGUGUACAUAGCUAGGUUGUUCCAAAUGCCAAUCCAUGUGUUGUAUUUUUUGGGGGUUUGUUUGUUAUUGUUGUAGAUACAAGAGAAUACCGACCCGGAGAAUUCCUUUUCGGAUGUUUUUCUUUUUAUUCAUUAUAUAUAGCCUUUCAUUGUGACGGUUGGGACUGUUGACGAACAACAAGAGGACAUAACGCAUCAAUCUUCUGUCCUGUCGCUCAUGUCCUUUCCCUCUGGAACAAAGUCUGUCUUUCAACAUCUGCUUGAUUCUAUCCAUCAACACUUGCUCUUUGCGAUUUCCCGUUACUUUAUACAGUUUCAAUGGGACACACAGGUUUUGCACAAAAUUGCAAAUGCACAAAACCUGCAUUCAACUCCCAGCAAUUGUUUUCUGUUUCUUUCUUUUGUUUUGUUUUCGUGUCUUGUUUCGUUAGAAUAUUUUUGAAGAAAUAAGGGGUAUUCAUUUUGUAUCGCUCUGUUUAUUUGAAAUGUGUUUACUUUAGAAUAUAUGUAAAUCUGGGUCCAUUUUAUUUUAAGAGACGUUGGGCAGUGUUAAGAAUUUGCCUCUUCUAACUGCAGCAAUUGAGUGUGCAACAAGAGUGCUUUUUUAACCGAUUUUUUUUUAUCCAGUGCAGAAAAAUAAAAUGUUAUUGAUCAACCUG